ACACGAAACGGGUAGAGAGUGGGUCAGACAGAGACGGAUGGUGUACGCUUCCUCCAGAGAUAAUAUUGUUCUUCGAGUGCUUCUGCACAUUUGUCCCAAUUUCAACGUUACUCUCCCUAUCUUCUCUUUUAUCAAUCAGCAAUUCGAGGUUGGCGUCGCCUUAAUCAACAAAAUUUGAAGGUUCAAGGUCGUUUCUUUCUUCAAAACCCUUAAAUCGUCGUCUGUAACGGCCGCUAUUUUGGCCGCGAUAUCGUUACCACAUAUCGGCCCGGAUCGGUGGCCGCCACCGCGCCGCUGUUUAAUUCCUUGCUAUGGAACGCUCUGGUGGAAUGGAUCCCAAGGAACUCUUGCUGGAUUACCUUCUCAAAAAUCUCCCGCAAGAUGGAUCCCGUGUUUCUGAGGACUAUGUUGAAGAUUCCUCGGUUUCAAGGAAUGACAUGAUGUCAGAAUCUUCAUACAGAACAAAUGUGCUGGUUGCAGACACCGAGAUUGGUACAGUUACGACUGAUCCCUACAGGAGGCCAUUUAUCAGUUCUCGCGGUUGUUCCUGGUUUUCUAGAGAUUCAGAUGUUUUGACUGAGAUACUACGAAGACGCGAUAUAUAUGUGAGCGACCGAUUCUUGGGGAGGCAUGUUCCAGCAGCAGUAACUGCUACAUCACAAGGCUCUUUUUCUGAUGAAAUAUGGUUGGUUGGCUUCAGGAUGGGAUCUCAUCAUUGCAUUGUGGUCCAAGUUCAGUUGCAUCCUACUGACAUUCACUUUGAAUUAUAUUGUUUCAAAGGAUAUAUGGAAGAAGCGCGCCAAUCUCAUACCAAGCAUACCGAGCUACAAAUAGAGCUAUCACGCAGUUGUUCACUUUAUGAUGUUAAAGAAAUGGAAAGUCCAGUUCCAUUGGCACCUUCGGAAGGCGAUCUUAACCAGCUGAUGAAAGCAUUGUUUAAGAACAAGAAGGUUGCAGUUAUUGUCCAUGAUUCCGAGCAAAUUUGGGAAAUGAGGCUACUAGUAGGCAGGAGCUCCAGACCUGUCCUUGUUAUAAUAGAAGACGGAAUAAUUUCAUCAGUCAACUCAAGCAGCCUAUACCGGCCUACCACGUCUUCGUCUGUCUCCUCAAGCUGCCGAUACUGGCCCAUCUCGUUGUCGUCAGUCUCCUCAAGCAGCCAAUACCGGCCAACCACGUUUUCAUCUGUCCCCUCGGGCAGUCAAUACUGGCCGACCUUGUUUUCGUCAAUCUACCCAAGCGGCGCAUACCUGCCUACCGCAUUUUCGUCAGUCUCCUCGAGCAGUCAACACCGGCCUACCACGUUUUCAUCUGUCUCUUUGAGUGGCCGAUACUGGCCUACCUCAUCUUUGUCAGUCUCCUUGAGCAGCCAAUCCCGGCCUACUGCUUUAUCUGUCUCCUCAAGCAGCGCAGACUGGCCUACUGCUUUAUAUGUCUCCUCAAGCAGCGCAGAGCGGCCUACCGUGGUUUCAUCAGUCUCCUCAAGCAGCCCAUACCAGCUUCCUCAGGAGCAGGCGGUGCAUCAGGAUACCAUCAAUCAAGUUGCAGAAGAGACAAGUCUCUUCGGCAAGACAAGCUCACUAGUAGGAGGACUUUGGGACAAGGCGAGAGCAAAAUUUGGCACAAUUGGCCGAUAUGCUGCAAAUAUAAAGCCCCAUCUUUUGAGAGGAGAAUCUGAACUUUCUAGGGAGCCGCCUGAAGAACUCAGUUUUCUGGAAGAUCAAAUAACGAUAACCAUGAACGAUGAAGCUACUCCUACGGAAGAUGUAAAGAUAGAUUCAGAAGCAUCAGCAACUGAAUAUGAAGUAAUGCUAAGCUGCAAUGGUUGUGGCGAAAUUAUUGAUUGCCUUCAACGAAAUAUGAUCAAGGCUGGAAUCAGUGUGUUCAUUGAUGACAAGAAGCUCCAUGAAUUUGGAGCGAUAGGACAUGACCUUCCAGCAACUCCUAGCAACUUCAAAAUCUAUAUACCUAUCUUCUCCAAAGGCUAUGCUUCUAGUGCAUGGUGCCUCUCUGAACUUAAACAUAUGGUUGAUUUAAGGGCAAGAUCCAAUAGUAGACUGGAGAUCCUACCCAUCUUCUAUGACGUAAAGCCUGCUGAUGUUGGGCUCAAGACAGAAUUGUACACUGCUGCUCUAAAGGAACACAAGAGGAACUUAGCUUAUGAGUCAGUCCAGCCGUGGGAGGGAGCUCUUAAAGAGGUUGCUGGAAUCAAAGGAUGGGAACUAAGACAUAAAGAUUAUACCAAAUUAUGUAGACUGAUUGUUGGAGGAGUUCUUAACAAGCUGAAGGUAAAACAUAAGGGUCCAUAUCUAGUUGGAGUGCAAGAUCAAGUGGAGAGCAUCAAGAAUUUGAUAGACAUUGAGUCUAGAGGCGUAUCCUUUGUUGCUAUCCACGGAAUGAGCGGGAUUGGCAAGACUACUCUUGCAAAGGUUGUCUUCGACCAAAUGUCUAGUCAUUUUGAUGGAUCAAGCUUUCUAUUGGAUGUUCGAGAAUCAUCAAAACAUGAAGGCCUCAAGUAUUUGCAAGACCAGCUAUUCAGGGACAUUCUUAAGAAAAGUAGUGGGACUAAGAAAAUUAGAGAGAGAUUUCGUAAGAUGAAAGUUCUCAUAGUCCUUGAUGAUGUUGAUGAGAGGGAGCAAAUAAAGCAAUUAGCUGGAAAGUCUAGCUGGUAUGGAUCUGGAAGUAGGGUCAUUGUUACAACUAGAAACAUAAAUGUCAUGGCAGUUAAGCAGGACGAAUUUGAUAAAGUUCUAGCUUUCGAAGUGUCAGCAAUGAAUCAAGAUAAAGCUCUUCAACUGUUUUGCAUGCAUGCCUUUGGAAGCGACGCUCCUCCAUAUGACUACUAUAGUCUUUCAAAGCAGAUUGUUGAUCAUAUCGGUGGACUUCCUUUAGCAUUGGAGAUCUUGGGCUCAUCUCUCAAUCGCAAAUGUCAAGAAUUAUGGGGAGGUAUGCUGAAGAAGUUGGAGAAAAUACCUUAUCAUGGUAUCCAAGACAAAUUGAUGCUAAGCUAUGAAGCUCUGGACAGUGAGACCAGACAAAUAUUUCUCGAUAUUGCAAUGUUUUUUGAUGGCAUAGAGAAAGCUAGCCCAGUUUACAUGUGGGAUGCUUGUGAUUUCUUUCCAGAGAUGCAACUUGAAAUCCUUGGCUUCAUGUGUUUGUUAAAAACUAUAGACAGGGAUAAGUUUUGGAUGCAUAAGCUUGUCAGAGAUCUUGGAAGGGAACUUGUUCGCCGAAAUGACAGUAGGUUGUGGAUGCACCUGGAAGUCCUAGACUUGUUGAAGACAGAAGAGGGUGAAGAGAAUAUGGAAGCUCGUGGUAUAUGCUAUGAUCAAUCUCUGUGGGACUGCACCUCUACCAAUGAAUUGAAAAGUGAGAAUAGUUUGACGUUCCUCGAAUUGCAUGGAGGGACCUUCAAAGGAGAAUUCAAGCGCUCUCUUUCAAACUUGAAAUGGCUUUCUUGGCAUUCCUGCCCUCUGGACCUAAAGGUAGCAAACUUACAUUUAAACGACUUAGUGGUUCUCGACCUCUCAAGGAGUUCCAUUAGCCAUGAGUGGGAAGGAUGGAACCUAAUUGAGAUGGCAAAAAAGUUGAAAGUUCUGAAUCUGACAAGUUGCAAAAACUUGAUCAAAACCCCUGAUUUCUCAAACCUCAUGUCUCUGGAGAGACUCAUCCUGGAAGAUUGCGAAGCACUGGCUGAAAUUGACGCCUCCAUUGGAAAGGUACAAUGUCUCAAGUACUUGAAUAUCAGGGGAUGCAAUUCUCUGACAAAUUUGCCAGAAGAACUAUGUAAUCAGAUACAUCUGGAAAAGAUUGUCAUGAGAGGGGAUGGUCAGCUUUUCGAGUUGCCUGCAGGAAUUGGACUUCUAACGUCCUUGUCUACUCUGGAAGUGGUCAAUGUUAAAUUCCUAGAGGGUACAAGGCCAACUGAAGUGUUAAAGCAAUUUGAGUCUCUUUCUAAUUUAAGUGAUUGUCUUGGACUCAAGGAACUCCCUGACUCACUUGGAGAUCUAGAGUCACUGCAAGAGUUGGAUCUGUCAAAGGUGAAAGUUGCAGAAUUGCCAAACUCCAUUGGAAACUUGAGGAAGUUAAAAGUGAUAAAGAUGGAAUCUAGUUCGAUAAGUAUGUUACCCAGCUCCAUCGGAGGAUUGGAGAAUCUUGAAGAAUUAUAUGCUGGAUACUGCAAUAACUUGCGUGGACCAAUCACUGCUAAAAUUGGGAGAUUGACCUCCUUGCGAAUUCUAGAUCUGUCGUUUACGAGUAUCAGUUCAUUGCCACAUACAAUUAAUGAGCUGUUCUGUUUGGAAAAACUUCAUUUAGAAUCCUGCGAUGAUCUUGAAGAGUUGCCAGAGCUUCCCAAAAGUCUGAUUAGUUUGCGUGUCAAAUCUCAGAAGCUACAGAAAUUCCCGAGUCUUUCAGAGUUGAAAUGUCUUGUCCAUCUGCAAUUGUUUCUUGAUGUUGGGAAGCAUUGGGACCAACUAUCAGAUUUCCACGUCGAUUGGAGCUCAGAGCUGUCCAAGUUGGAGACACUGGAAUUAUGCAUUCCAAGCAUCACUGCCUCAUUGGAAGAGUUCCGUCUUAUGUCUAAUUUAUCAAGAUUGUGUCUUUCCCAUGUUGAGCUUGAUAAUGUAGUGCCGCAUCUUCGCAACUUGGAAAAGCUGUCAUAUUUAGAUGUUGUUAAUUGUUCGAUAAGAAAUGAUGGUCUCGGAGGUCCUCAGGUUGCAGAAUUUAAAUCACUGGAGCAUCUCUCUGCGCAUAAAUGCAACUUCGUUAACAUGAAUGUGCUCCUUUCGAAAAAAGUGAGAAUGUUGAGCAUAAAGGACUGCCACUUGCUCAAUGGUUUGCUUGAUCUGUCAGAAUUGAGGAAUCUCUUAGUUUUGGAGCUGACAAACUGCGAGGAAGUAAGCGAGGUUCGAGGUCUCGGAGAAAUAGAGUCCUUGGAGGAUGCAGUCAUCCACAACUGUGAUCUCUUGCAAACGUUGGGUGAUCUAUCGAAGCUGCAAAGGCUCGAAGUUCUCCAAGUGCACUCUUGUGACAAUCUCAAAACCAUUGAGGGUCUCCAUCAAAUAAAAUCUUUGAAGUUCGUGGAAAUCUAUGACUGCAGAUCCUUAGGAAACUUGCAUGACAAAUCAAAGUCCAAGAAGCGGAAACACAAACGCCAGAUUAAAACAUGAGAUUCCUCAGGUCAGGAUUGCGGCAGAGUCAUGUCAAAGGACUGGGCAGUUAUUCAUACGAGCAAUGAUAAUGCCAUGUCCCUGGAAUUUAUCUCGAGCUUCAGGAUCCACCACACAAUGAGGAGUUAUUGCUGCAACUUUCUGGUGUAAGUUAUGCCUCUUCAUUGUGGUAAGAUUAUUCUCCCCUGGCCCAUCACGAGCCGAUAUAACCCUACGAAUUGUUUUGGUGCCAGACUUUGAAAUAGAAGUGUGGGAUCCAAGAUGUUUGAUAACGAUGUAAAUUUAUCUGUAUGAGUUCCAGCCCCUAGAACAACAUGCAAGGCUAGCGAGUGAUCAAUCCAUCAGGGUCAGGCUGAUCUGUUCGAUAACUCGCCUCUCUUGA